AUGCCUUGGAAUUUCCUCACAGUACCUCUUCAACUCAAUGUCCAUGGUGGCACUCUUCAAGUUUCUGCUUUGCUCCCUUCUGGAGGCAAGGGCCUGCAUUGGAGUAGUUGUGAGGACGAUGACACAUGCUUUGUUCUCCCAACUGCUGUUGGCUGA